UUUUUUUUCCUUCUUUCUUUGUUUCUUUAUAUAUUUUAUUCCAUGAAAAGAAAGGUGGACAAUACAAAUGAAAAUAAGAAACGUCGAUUGGGUUCUUCAUUGAAGAAUAAUACUAGAUACCCAUUAUCGUAUUUAUUUUCUAGUAUAGUUCAUCGUCAAUCGCCACUCUGUCUUACUAACUCUUCACAAGGUGUCGUUGUAGCAGCGCCUCCUCGACCCAUUCCUUCCAGUAUCCAUUGUUUAUCUGGUGACCUAUAUACUCUCAACAAUUCAGCAUUAUCUUCGUCAUUGACAUAUAACAUCAAAAAAGUACCUAUUCGAAUGGCGGAAAACUAUCAUAAAGAACAUACCAUUACUCAUCUCAACUGGAAUCAAAAAGGAACGACACUCGCGUCAGUUGACGAAACAGGAAAGUUGGCAUUGUGGAAUAUAGAAAACUCGGUAGAUAGUUGGUCUUUAACAUAUGAAGUGGAUCUACGCCAACCUGUGGCCGCAAUACUUUGGCUGAAUGCAGAUCGAGAAUAUGCUCCUUAUAGAAAUGAUGAUCGUUGCGAGUUUGUCAGGGAAAAUGUAUUUGGACCAAGGAAUCCAUUUGGUUAUCUUGCUUUCAUUGCGGUCACAGUUCAUGGCGAAAUCAGUGUGCACUAUCAACGGAAUGGCUCUAUCUUUUCUACCUUCUCAACAACAUUACCAAAAACGGGACAUCGAGAUACAAGUCGUGCAGAUACUGGUUGUUAUGGUAUGGCACUUGCUGGUUUGGAUGAUUGGCAAAGAAUGUCACACGCGUCGUUGGUUUUAGGAAAAGGUGGAGAUAUAUAUUUGGCAUCCUAUUAUUCAGAGUGUGUACCAAAAACGAUCUAUUUGUACAAAAUAUCCAUUCAGUUUCCUUGCAAAUCCGAAAAUGGUGCUAUCUUUUGUCAGUCAACAGCAAAUUUACGAUUCAAUUCAGUACCUGAUCCUUAUUUAGAAUCUAUUUCAAAUCCUGAAAUGGCCAUCACUCAAAUCAAAUUAUCACAUUCUUCCGAUGAGGUUAUGUUACAUGUAUGUUUCGGUGAACAAGAUGUAUCAACAAAGCAGUAUUCGGGAUAUUAUGGAAAAUGGACUUUGGGACACAUCACACAACAAAUAGGUGGAAACUAUUUUGAUGGAAACACAUACAGUGAUAAUGUUAUACGAAGAGAACAAAUAGAAUUGAAAUAUGUCUCUGGAUUCGCUUUGGGUGACCGAUUCGUUACAUCUAUAUCUUGUAGUAGAUCAGGAGAAUUAGCUUUGGGACUUUCUGAUGGCAGCAUUCAUAUGGAACUUCAAAAAAAUAGAUCUGAUUUUCAUCUUGCGCGAUAUUCAAAUGAUAACCAAACAACUUCACUUUCUUCCAACUUUUGGCAAGUGGUUGGAUCUCAUAUGUAUGAAGACGAAUUUUUCGAUCCUGUUUUUGGUAUUUGUUUCUCUCCCUGUGAGACCCAUCUUCUUCAUAUUCUUUCAUCGGGUCGUAUUGGCUCAGCAAGAAUUACCAUGGAUACAGUUACAGAGGAUAAUGAAGGGGGUACUAUCAAAUCACUUGAACAGCAGAUGAAACUUAGUCUACUUAAUCAAACGGAUAAUCUUGAUUUGAUAUCUGAAGUCAUUCGAAUUGGACAACUGCCAGGAUACGAAGAUAUAUCGGAUCAAAUCUUGGAGAAUGUUUUGUUGGCAUAUGAAUCCUUCUUCUAUCAACAAGAUUUGAACAUUUUACAAGCAACACCAGAAUCUAAUAUUAUCAAACGAAACGAUAUUGAAGAAUGGACACUUGCACGAACAAGACCAGCAUAUGGACUUGCGAUUGGUACUUACCGAUAUCUUUCUGGUAAACGAAUGCAAUUCAUAAAUUUGACCAAAGCUAUCCAAUUGCCUAUUAUUCUUGAAUGUUUUAUGGGAAGCUGUACAUCCGAUCUAGAUGAUAUGAAUGAGGUUUUAGAUUUCAACAAUAAAAGCUCCAAAUUUCUCUCUUUUAAUCCAGAUAGUUUAUGGUCGUUAGUAUCUCUAUCAACUUGGACAUUAGAUUAUGUACGAUGGACUUUACAGGAAUGGAAUAUACUUUUUAACAGCCGGCAUCCCAAAACUUCUGGAAACAAAGAUUUAUCAUCAAAGCAAACACAUGCUGUCUUACUAGUACACAAGGAAUCUCGAAUAUCACUUAUCAAGAUCUUGUUGAUGAUCCAACAGUUUAUUCAGUAUGCUACAACAUCUAAAUAUGAACUACAACAUAUGGUAGAAACCAAGUCACUUUUAUUACGACAUAUAUCAACAACACUUACCAGUGAACCUGUACCUAUCAACGAUGUCAUUUCCUUUCUUCAGGCAUUGGAUAACAUCAAAGAUCUCGAAGAAGCAGUUAGAAACAACAAGUCUAGUAGGUGGUCCAUCCUGAUCUCAUCGAAAUUACCAUCUGGGGAAAUCAUGGAUGAACUGAAGAAGGUCACUGGAGAAUAUCGAAGCAAAUGCGCCGUACCUGCUAUUUAUUUGGAAACUCAUAAGGAUUACCCAAUUGAUGUUAUUCGCAAGAAACGUAUUAGCAAUACUAGUGGGGGCUUACAAAGUUGUAUCAGAUGUCGACAACUAUACCUUCCUACGAUGUCUGAUACUUUGGAUCCUACAUCCUUCUCGUCUUGGUUCCAUAGUUUGACACGACGUUGCGUAUGUGGUGGAUUAUUCUUCUGAUUAGAUCUGUUAUUGUUUUUAUUAUUAUUAUUAUUAUUAUCAUU